GAAGAGUACUGCCCUAAGACAACCCCAUGCAGAAUCAAGGCGGCAAGGAACAAGCUUCGGAGCAAAGCCGCGUCGAAACAUCAGCGCAGGUUGUGGUUAGUGGCCCCGCGGAUGCGGGGCAAGCCGCGUCACCCGACUACGAGAAGGCGAACAAGAAACGCACCAAGAAGCGCGCCAAGUCCCUCGACGCAAACCGCAGAGACAGCAAGACUCCUGAGGGCGGUGCUGAGUCGCCGUCGGCCAGGAGCAAGAAACCAAAGCGACAGCCGAAGGCCAAGAACGGCGGCGGAACCUCAGUGCCACCACCGUUGUCUCCCAUCGACAGCCCGUUGGAGCUUUCCCAACCGCCUGUGCCUUCCGCUGGAAAGUUGGCUACUACCCCGGAUGCGCUUCCGGCUGCGCCCCCUCCUGGUGCUCCUGAAGCACCUAAACCUGCAGACCUCGCCACGUACCCACCGGCACGAGAUGUCUCGGCACUUGGGUUCGACAACACCCUUGCCACGACCGAACUGAGGGGACCGAAGAGGGUCAUCCUUCCGAUCAUUGGGAGCGCGGUGAUCAUCUGUCUCAUGCUGGUCAUCGUCAUCGGUAUGCUCGUGUCGAACCGCAGGCGUGCCAGGUUUACUGACACGAACGCCACCAGCCCAACCACAGUUAUCAGCGAUGACGUGGAGGUGACGGCUACAUCGGCAACAACGACCAGUGUCACAAUGCCUAGUGCUAUAACGGUCGGCACGACAGGCACUGAGAACACCACAAUCAGCCACAGUCACGGAGUGGUGGUAGAACAGACUGAAUCGGUCAGCUGGGACACGGCGACAAUUUUGGUAGUUCCAUAGAGCGUCCGCUUUGUGUAUCCCGGCCUCAUUCCUUCGCAGGCUGAGGGUACGUUCUGCACAAGAGUGAAUACGACCCGAAUAUUUCGUAAGAAUUAAUUUUCAACAUGUUU